AUGUACCAUCUGAGACGGAAAUUGAGAGGUGAAGGUCAUGUGACUUCACGCAUAGUGACUCCUCGUACAAUUGACAUAGAACAUGUCUCAGUCAAUGAUGACCCCCGUCAAUGGAGUCCUGCCAGAAAAGCGCGUACAAGAACUUUGUGGAUUGUAUUACUGGCUACAAUGGUGUCUGCAUUAGCUUCCAACAUUCAAAAUCCCUCGAACUCAUUGAUAGAAGCAGAUCUACAUGCGACAAGCAGCCAGGUUAGCUGGACACUGGCUGCGUUCCUAUUCCCUCAAGGGAACUUUCCUCUAUUAUGGAGCGCCGCAAGUGAGAUUAAAGGACGUAAGCCUGUCUAUCUCGUGGGUUCAGCGUUGUUCAUGGCAGGAAACGUUGCUUUGGCACUUUCAAAGACCAUCGAGGUGAUGAUCGGCAUGCGAGCGCUUCAAGCUGCGGGGUCUUGUGCCGCCAUGGCUAUUUCGGCUGCGACCCUGGCCGAUAUCUACGACACUCGCGAGCGAGGGACCACGAUGGGUAUCUUCUUUGCUGCACCUCUCUUAGGACCCGCCUUGGGCCCUAUACUCGGCGGCUCGUUGUCACAAGCCUUCUACUGGCGCGCCUGUUUCUACUUCCUACUUGUCUGUGCAGCAGUCGUAUUCUUGUCCUUCCUCAUCCUGUUCAAGGAUACAUACCGACGUGAACGGAGUCUCACCUAUCGCUCCGCUUUACGGCGACUUCUAGACUCCAGAGAACGCGUUCGGAGUCCAAACGAAUCUAUCAUCGCUGGGAAUGAGUCCGGCAAGGACCAAACACCUGUCAGGGACGCCGAGAAGCACCUCCAACCGCUGGAAUAUAUCUCAGCGGUGACUUCUAAACCAGGACUGGACGAUGUCAAACUAUCAUUCAAGGACAUUAACCCCUUUCCACCAUACUUGCGAAUUCUGUCGCGCAAGAACAAUGUUUUAAUUCUUAUUGCUAAUGGACUCAUCUUCGGAUUUAGCUAUUCCCUUUCAUACACGUGUUGCCGCACUCUGGCUGAGCGAUAUGGUUAUAGAGCCCUUAAAAUUGGCUUGGUCUUACUUUGGCUGGGUAUAGGAAGUAUCGCUGGGAGUGUGAUUGGCGGGCGUUGGUCCGACCGAGUGCUUGCGAAAAUGAUGGGAGCGAACGGAGGCAGAUGCUACGCAGAAAUGCGCUUAGAGAGCUCGAAACUGGUGAUGCCAUUGGUUCCUCUGUCUGUCAUCGGUUAUGCUUGGGUGUGCGAAAAGCAUGUUAACAUCGUUGUCAUUUGCGUCAUGCUCGUGCUUAUUGGAUUCACCUCUACGUCGGUAGACCAAUGGAUGUAUACGUGUACAUUGACAUACCUCGUUGAUGCCAACCCUGGUCGCUCGAGCACAGCGGUUGCCGUAAAUAGUUCGUUCCGAGGCUUUUUUGCCUUUGUUUCAGUUAUGAUUGCUGUACCGCUUCAAGAUGCUCUAGGAGAUGGGGGAUUGUAUUCAGCGUGGGGUGGCGUAUUCGUGAUGACAGAAUUAUUGGUCAUAUUGGUACUGCGAAAGGGAGAAUCAUGGCGCAAGGAAAGUGAGGAGCCUGAAUUUAAAUUAUGA